AUGGUUGAGAGUUCCCCGCCUAGAGAUCAGAAGAAGGGGAAAUCUAUAGUCCCUCGGGAGGAGCUGAGGGAGAUGUCUAAGGAGAAAGUGUCAUUCUCUCUAAGGGUACUUGAAGAGAAGCUAUCGAAGGGCUACAAGCCUCCAACUAUUAGAGAAUACAAUGGAACCUCGUCGUCCAACAUCUCCACUGUCUACAACAUCCUCCAGGAGUACAACCUCCCUCCCGGCAUCCUCCCCGACAACGUCAAGUCUUUCUCUAUCGCUUCCAACGGCUACUUCGUCAUCGAUCUCUACGGAGAGUGCUACGUCGACUUCGAGUACGUCGUCUACUACGCCCCACGCGUGUCUGGCUUCCUCGGCUACGGCUCCAUCUCCAACCUCGAGGGUGUCCAGAUCCGGAGUUAUCUCAUCUGGUACGGCGUCAACUACAUCAAGGUCGACCUCCCCUAUUCCGAUUUCGUCUACAUCCAGUUCGGCUAG